AAAAAUAACAUCAAGUCUUUAAAAAGGAAGAAGAAGGAAAAAACACAAGUCCUUCUUUCUUUCUCUCUUUCCCCUUUUCACUUCACUUAUUCUACUCACUGUAGCUUCUUCUUCUCCAGCUAGUACUAGUAGUAGAUCUUCUGGAGCAGAAGAAGAAAAAUUCAACCUUGAAAACUGAUAUGAGUUGGUGAACUCUAUAGUUUUCUAGGGCUGUGUGUUUGUGUGGGAGAAACAAGAUACAUCGUAAAGUGAUAUCUUCUGCUUAGAUUGGCGCAUCAUGGCAAAAGGGAACCCUAAAGAGAGUAGGAUGCGUAGCUCCACAUCCAUAAUUAUUGUAAUUGGUUUAUGUUGUUUCUUCUACAUAUUGGGUGCAUGGCAAAGGAGUGGGUUCGGGAAGGGAGACAGCAUAGCUGAAAAGAUUACAAAGCAGACGGACUGCACUGUGGUUCCGAGCCUCAAUUUCGAGACACAUCAUAGUAGUGAUAGCGAAGUAGGGGUAACAGUUGAUGAAUCUGAAACAAAAGUGAAAGAGAUUAAGCCAUGUCCUGCUAAAUAUACUGAUUACACACCCUGCCAUGAUCAGAAGCGGGCCAUGACUUUCCCUAGAGAAGGUAUGGUUUACAGAGAAAGACAUUGUCCUCCAGAGGAAGAGAAGUUGCAUUGCCUUAUUCCAGCACCAAAGGGAUAUGCAACUCCCUUUCCAUGGCCAAAGAGUCGUGAUUAUGUACAUUUCGCUAAUGCUCCAUAUAAGAGUUUGACAGUCGAGAAGGCCAUUCAGAACUGGGUUCACUAUGAGGGUAGUGUGUUCAGAUUCCCAGGUGGAGGAACACAGUUUCCUCAGGGAGCAGAUGCCUACAUUAAUCAAAUUGCUUCUGUGAUUCCAAUUAAAAAUGGGACAGUUAGAACCGUACUGGAUACUGGCUGCGGGGUUGCUAGUUUUGGUGCAUAUCUUUUAAAAAAGAAUGUCAUUGCCAUGUCUUUUGCGCCACGAGACAACCACGAAGCGCAAGUGCAGUUUGCUUUGGAAAGAGGUGUACCUGCAAUUGUUGCUGUGUUCGGAACCAUAAAGCUUCCUUACCCAACGAGAUCAUUUGACAUGGCUCACUGUUCACGGUGCUUGAUUCCGUGGGGAGCAAAUGAUGGUAUGUACAUGAUGGAAGUUGAUCGUGUUCUCAGACCUGGUGGGUACUGGGUGCUUUCUGGUCCUCCAAUCAAUUGGAAGAACAAUUAUAUUUCAUGGCAGCGUCCUAAGGAGGAUCUCCAGGAGGAGCAAAGAAAAAUUGAAAAGAUCGCUAAACGACUAUGCUGGGAAAAGAAGUCUGAGAAGGGUGAAACUGCAAUCUGGAGAAAGAGUAUAAAUGCUGAUGCAUGUCGUGGAAGAGAUGAAUCUCAAGAAACUAUGUGUGAGGCCACAGACACAACUGAUGUUUGGUACAAGAAGAUCGAUAAAUGCAUAACACCUUAUCCUGAGGUUAGCAGUCAAAGUGAAGUUGCUGGAGGACAGCUGAAACCUUUCCCAGAAAGACUCCAUGCCAUCCCUCCCAGAAUCGCUAGUGGAUCUGUUCCUGGAGUUUCCGUCGAGGAUUAUCUAGAGGACAACAAACUGUGGAAGAAGCAUGUAAACGCCUACAAGAGGAUCAAUAAGCUCCUUGAUUCAGGGAGGUACCGCAACAUCAUGGAUAUGAAUGCAGGAUUGGGAAGUUUUGCUGCAGCAAUUGAUUCUCCCAAAUUGUGGGUCAUGAAUGUCAUGCCAAAUAUUGCGGAGAAAGAUACUCUCGGUGUCAUAUACGAGCGAGGGUUGAUUGGUAUAUAUCAUGACUGGUGUGAAGCUUUCUCAACAUACCCAAGAACAUAUGACCUAAUUCACGCCAAUGGCGUUUUCAGCUUGUACCAGGACAAAUGUAGUGCUGAAGACAUUCUUCUGGAGAUGGAUCGUAUUUUGCGACCAGAAGGUACAGUAAUAUUCAGGGAUGAGGUUGAAGUUUUAAUAAAGGUUAAGAAAAUUAUCAGUGGGAUGAGAUGGAACACAAGGAUAUCUGAUCACGAAGACGGCCCUCAAGUCCCUGAGAAGAUAUUGGUUGUAGUCAAACAAUACUGGACAGUAGGUGGAAACAACUCGACAUCUUCAGAGUGAUACUAAAAUGAAAAAUGUAGCAUUUAGGCCUUAAUCUCAGAUCCAAUGUUCCCAAUUAGCUUUUCACAGUUAAUUCUGCAGUCUCUUCAUUUUUUUGGUUUUCUUUUUGCUAUUUCAACCUUUCUUGCUGUAUAAAAUGCACAAGGACUAAAUAGAUAUUUUUGAACUCUCUGAAACUCACUAAAAUUAAUUUACACUUCCAUUAGUCAUUAUUGUAACUAA